CCAGUUCCGAUAACUAUCGACUCCUCCAAGCAGCAAUCGUGCGUGCGUCUUUGACCUGUUGCCAUGCUUCACUGUCUCCUCCAUUCCCAUCUCAACGCAUCUUCUCCUUUCCAUCCUUUCUCCCACCAUGUCAGGCGCCUCGCCUCGUCGUCCAAAGUCAUACCCCUGCCUCCCAUCCCCUCCUCUUUCAGGGUGCCCAAGCUCAAGUCAUUGCGCGGAGGGAGUUGCCUGAGGGUGACCUCUUCCUUGCUCGAAGCCCCUGUGAUCUGGGUCGGCAGGCUCUGCAUCUUCUACGCCCUUCUCAAGGCCGGCCUUGCCGGAUCGCAGUCCAACCCGUUGGUUCCUUCGGAUUUGAGCGACGAUGGUGACGAUUUGGGAUUUGCCAACUGGAUUGGGAUGCUACGGGGUAGAUCAGGUGAUAAAGAGGCAACUGAUCGGAGGAAGCUGGUUAGGAAGUGGCACCCAACAACAAAGGGUACCUUAAAGAGAAAUUACAGAGUACCUUCGAAGGCUGAAGGCCAAAGACUUCUACGAGCCGUUGCAUCAUUGCUUUCCGAGGAUGAUCAUUUUGUGGAUGCGACCUCACACAAGGGUUGUCAGAUACGAAGGGAGAGCGCUCAUGGAGAAAGUGUUUGUUGCAAUAAUGUAAGAGCUCUAUUUGAUGAACUUCCCACUCCACAUCUUGUUGUUGAGAUCACAGCAUUUCCUGCCGGACCACUUACCGAUAAGGAUUACGUUAAGGCUGAGAAGCUAGAGAGGGUUCUGAGGUCUGGAUCUUCCAUCUGAAAUGAGAGCUUUGCUCGAUGUAAGAUUUUCUGUACAUAGACUAAUGUUGUGACUGGCUCUGGUUAUUUAACAAAUUGACCAUGCUAAGCUUGAACCCUCUUAAAAAAAACGUUUUCUUAGAUGCUUUA